AUGCCGAUACCACACGAAGCAAUCAAAACUGUCCUCGAUCAAGUUCUACCUCAUAUUGAACAACACAUUAAAUCACAAACAUCAUCUCCAACCAAGCAACCCUUCAUUCUAGCCCUGACAGGACUCCAAGGCAGCGGAAAAUCAACCUGGACCGACGCGCUCGUGAAGACUCUACGAGAAAGCCACAAGUACAAAACAAUCAACCUCUCCCUCGACGACCUUUAUCUCGACCAUGAUGAACUUGUCAAACUCCGCACAGCCAAUCAAUCCAACAAGCUUGUCCAAAUGAGAGGCCAACCAGGCACCCACGACAUGGUACUCGCACGAUCAUUCUUCGAAAGCUUGAACAAUGGCCAUGAGGUCUACAUCCCGUCAUUCGACAAGAGUAAAUUCAAUGGAGAAGGUGGAAGAGCACCGAGAGAGAUAUGGGAGCGAAUUCCAUCCGACGCGGUCAUUGAUAUCGUUGUGUUUGAGGGAUGGUGUGUUGGAUUCCAGCCAUUGAAGGAAAUAGAUCUUCGACAGCGGUGGGAGAAUGCAUUGCACAAGGAGUCUAAAUCGGUAUAUCCGACGGAAACUUUGAAGGAACAUGCAGUUGAGCAUUUGCUGGAAGCCAAUGCGAAACUACGUGGCUAUUGUGAUCUUUUCAUGGGGCCGCGGCACUUGGAUUUCCUGGUUCAUCUGGAUUCCGAUGAUCUGGCCAAUGUGUAUCAAUGGCGCGUUCAGCAAGAACAUGCUCUUCGUCAGCGAGCCUGUGAGAGCAUGACCGAUGAGGACGUUGUUCAGUUUGUGAAAAGUUAUAUGCCUGCUUAUGAAUUGUAUUUGGAUCAAUUGCGAUGUGGAUUUUUCAAUCUGAAAUCGUCUGAUGUUGCGAAGAAGGGGCAGUUGAGGGUUGUUCUAGACCAAGAUAGAAAGGUUGUGAAUACUGUCUUGUAUGAGUGA